CCGGCGCAACACCAUGCCUGCCUCUCGCCUCGGCGCGCUCGCCGCGGUCCUGCUCCUCGGGCUCCUGCUGCUGCUGGAACUCCCUCCGGUCACAGGCGCCAGAGCCGACAAGCCAGGCGUGUGCCCCCAGCUCCCGGCCGACCUGAACUGCACGCAGGAGUGCAGCGCCGACCAAGACUGCCCGGAAAACCUCAAGUGCUGCCUAGCCGGCUGCUCCGCCAUCUGCUCCAUUCCGAAUGAAAAGGAGGGUUCUUGCCCCAGCAUAGACUUCCCCCAGCUCGGCAUCUGCCAGGACCUGUGUCAGGUGGACAGCCAGUGUCCCGGCAAGAAGAAAUGCUGCCUCAAUGGCUGCGGGAAGGUGUCCUGCGUCACGCCCAACUUCUGAGCCCCAGCCAUCGCCAGCCUGAGGAAUGGGGAGCAGACAGCAGUUUCUGCCUGGCCCCGGGUCUGGCUCCAGCACAGCGCCCCCCCACCCCCUUUCUGGACUCCGCAUCCCCUCCGGGGCUGACCACAGCUUCUCCCCUCUCCAAUGAAUAAAACACUGCUUUCAGCACUGG